UGUUUUUAUUAUUAUUAGCACCACAGCAACAAAAGACGGAUGGUGCAGCACAUGACGACAUGCGAUCCGCCUGCACCUCCGUCGACGCCAGCCGACGAUGGAGCGGACGUAGGGUUCCAAAGAGUGUCCGACACCGCUCCGUUGAAAGGACCCUUGCUCAUGGGCACGUACGCCCUCAAGUUUCGCGGCGUCGAGUCGAUGCCGGCCAACCCCGAAGUGAACGCGGCGCAUCGUCGCCUCGCCAUCGAUCCCACGCACCGCAACGCGACCUGGGACAGUCAUCGACGCCGCCAUCGCAUGAUUAUCCUGUUUUGGUCGUUUGUGAGCAGCUUCUGCGGCAUUGGCGUCCUUGCUGCGAUCCAGUACUCUGUUCAAGCGACGUACGGAUCCGGGGUCAAGGUGACGUCAAUCAUCGGUUCCUUUGGCGCGACGGCCAUUCUCACCUUUGGCGCGAUUCAGUCGCCCCUCGCACAGCCACGGAACGUGGUGCUGGGCAAUACACUGAGCGCCAUUGUGGGCGUGUCCAUCUCGCAACUGUUUCUCCAUGUCGCUCCAGGGGACGGCUGGAAGUGGCUCAGCUGCGCGUUGGCCGUGUCGCUGUCCCUCGUCGUGAUGCAAGUCACCGACACCGUCCAUCCCCCCGGAGGCGCCACGGCCCUCAUCGCCGUGAUUUCCGGCCCCGACAUCCAAGAGCUUGGGUACUUGUACGUGGUGAUGCCCGUGUUUACCGGCAGUUGCAUCCUGGUCUUGGUAAGCGUCGUACUCAACAACAUCCAGCGCCAGUACCCUCGCUACUGGCUCUAUAAGACUUGACUCUAUGGUAGUACAGUAGUAAUAAUCGUUCCAAUCUGAUGUAUCAGCGGUUGC